UCUGGAAACUUUUCAAAGUAGUUUUACGUGCAUCACACGCACGUCUCACCGCGCACACGCACACGCCAGCUGUCAGCAUGAGUGGGAGGAAGAAGAUGGCCACACAGAGUUAGUAUCUUCAGCCUGUUUCCUCUGGACACAGAGAAAGAGUCGCCGAGGUAAGACACGGAACACCCAGCUUCCUCCUCCGGACCGUCUCCUCAGCGCACCGCGGCUGACUCGCAGCCCGCCGUCAACACCCGGACAUGUGGGAACAGGAGGAAUUCGCCAAACACUGGAAGAAUGAAUUCCCCGACGGAGAAGUGCCUCGCAUGGACCUGACGUCUGUGGAGGACAUCGAGUCGGAGCUGGAGGCGUCUAAGUCCAACCUGAAGCGGCUGCAGAAGGCUCUGGCGGAGGAGAAAUUCAAGGUGAUCUACCUGCAGACCACCGUGUCCCGGCAGAGGAGAACCGAGGCGCAGAGGUUUCAGGGGAAAGAUGAAAACUCUAACUCGGACACGUUUGUCCUCCACAACCCGGGGGAUGUUAGGAAGCCGCUGCGGCGGGACGACGAGGGCGACGGGGGCUUGAAGCUCCCGGCUGCAGGUAACACCGCGGGGGUCUACGGACCCUUCGGCCACGAGCGGAGCAGGUUCAUUGGCAAGAAGGGCAAGCCCGUCCCCAUCCCGGUCCCGCCACAGAGAGCCAGCAAGGGCCCCGCGGCCCCUGUGCCCCCGCCGAGAGACAACGAGGAGAGCAGCGACAAAGAGUAUGAGGACGCGGAGCUGAAUGAGAAUUUCGUGAGGAAUAACUUGUUGGCACCUAAGAGCGGUCACAAGGACGGUCAGGGCUCCCACCGGGACACCCGACGGCCUUUCCGCCUCAGCAGGGACUUGGACUCCGGCGAAGAGGGCAAGAUGUCCCCGUCCCUCCCGCACGUUCAACGUAGAGCCUCUCUGGGCUCCGGAUGCAGCACCCCGGACAGGAGGAGUGAUGGAUACCUCAGCUCCGACCAUGAAGACUCCUCUUCUGCAGAUUUUAACUACAACACAGAUGGCUACGAGGGGGACGGGGCUGAGGACGGCAAGUCUCAGGAUGGCUCGGAGACGCUGCCCUAUAUAGACGAGUCGCCCACCAUGUCGCCCCAGCUGUGCGUGCCCCAAGGUCCCGAUGGAGAAGCGGUCUCCCCCACACCGCCAGAGGGCCUGUUGCCUGGGGGAAGCAUAGAGAAAGGAUUGGAAAUGAAGAAACUGGUGCUGUCUGGUUUCUUGGCCAGUGAGGAGAUCUACAUUAACCAGCUGGAGGCCCUGCUACUGCCAAUGCGUCCUCUGAAAGCCACAGCCACAUCCUCGCAGCCUGUGCUCACCAUCCAGCAGAUAAAGACCAUCUUCUACAAAAUCCAGGACAUCUCCGAGAUCCACAAGGAGUUCUACGACGCCCUCUUACCCAACAUCCAGCAGUGGGAUGAGAAGGUCACUGUGGGACAUCUGUUCCAGAAGCUGGCCAGCCAGCUUGGUGUGUACAAGGCCUUUGUGGACAACUACAAGGUGGCGCUAGAGACGGCAGAGAAAUGCAGCCAAGCCAACAUCCAAUUCCAGAAGAUAUCUGAGAACCUCAAAGUAAAAGGACCGAAAGACUCUAAAGAUUGUACCACAACCAUCUCAAUGGAGGCUCUCCUUUACAAGCCGAUUGACCGCGUCACCAGAAGCACCCUGGUCCUUCAUGACUUGCUCAAACAUACUCCAAAGGACCACCCAGACUUCCCCCUCCUGCAGGACGCCCUGCGGAUAUCUCAGAACUUCCUCUCCUCCAUCAACGAGGAGAUUGACCCUCGCAGGACUGCUGUCACAACACCCAAGGGAGAGGCUCGUCAGCUGGUGAAGGAUGGCUUCCUGGUGGAGGUGUCGGAAAGCUCGAGGAAGCUGCGGCACGUCUUCCUCUUCACCGACCUGCUGCUCUGUGCCAAGAUGAAGAAGACGGCUGUGGGUCGACACCAGCAGUAUGAGUGCAAGUGGUACAUCCCUCUGGCGGACUUGACUUUCCAGACCUUGGACGACUCAGACUCUUGCCCCACCAUCCAGGUCCUGCCCGAGCACGAGCUGGAGGAGAUGAAGAUCAAGAUCUCGAUCUUAAAGAAUGAGAUCCAGAAAGAGAAGAAAGCACCAAAGGGUCAGAGCCGCGUUGAGCGUCUGAGGAAGAAGAUGAACGAGCAGGAGUCGUGGCUGCUCACGCACUCCCCCAGCAUCCCAUUCCGCAUCCACAACAAACAUGGAAAGAGCUACCUGUUCCUCAUCUCCUCCGACUACGAGAGGUCAGAGUGGAGGGAAAGCAUCCAGAAACUCCAGAAGAAAGAUCUCCAAGCGUGCGUAUUAAGUUCUGUUGAGCUUCAGGUCCUGACCAGUUCCUGUUUCAAACUCCGCACUGUCCACAACAUUCCUGUCACCAGCAACAAAGAUGAUGAGGAGACUCCAGGCCUGUACGGCUUUCUGCACGUGAUCGUCCACUCUGCCAAAGGAUUCAAGGAGUCAGCCAAUCUGUACUGCACCCUUGAAGUGGACGCGUACGGAUACUUUGUCAGCAAGGCCAAGACCCGAGUCUUCAGAGACACCACAGAUCCUCAGUGGAAUGAAGAGUUUGAAAUCGAGGUGGAGGGCUCCCAAUACCUGCGGAUCCUGUGUUACGAGAAGUGUUACGACAAAAGCAUGCUCAACAAGGACGACAACGAGAUUGUGGACAAGAUGAUGGGAAAAGGAAAGGUCCAGCUGGAUCCUCAGACGGUGCAGUCCAAGAACUGGCACGUGGACGUCAUAGAGAUGAACGGGAUCAAAGUGGAAUUCUCCAUGAAGUUUACAAGUCGGGACCUCAGCUUGAAGAGAACGCCGUCCAAAAAACAGAGUGGGGUGUUUGGAGUCAAAAUCAACGUGGUGACAAAGCGUGAACGCUCCAAGGUGCCUUACAUAGUCCGUCAGUGCAUUGAGGAAGUGGAGAAGAGGGGGAUCGACGAAGUGGGAAUCUACAGGAUCUCAGGGGUGGCCACUGAUAUCCAGGCCCUUAAAGCAGCUUUUGACACCAAUACCAAAGAUAUCCUGAUGAUGCUGAGCGACAUGGACAUUAACGCCAUCGCCGGGACUUUGAAGCUGUACUUCAGGGAGCUGCCGGAGCCUCUGCUCACCGACCGCCUCUACCCCGCCUUCAUGGAGGGCAUAGCGCUCUCAGACCCAGCAGCAAAGGAGAACUGCAUGAUGCACCUCCUACGCUCGCUGCCGGACCCCAACCUCAUGACCUUCCUUUCUCUGCUGGAGCACCUCAAACGCAGCGUGGCUGAGAAGGAGCCCAUCAACAAGAUGUCCCUCCACAACCUGGCCACCGUGUUCGGCCCCACUCUGCUCAGGCCCUCAGAGGCCGAACUCGCAAAGGGACAGCACAUCACCACCGCCUCCGACAUCUGGUCACACGACGUCAUGGCACAGGUCCAGGUGUUGCUCUACUACCUGCAGCAUCCUACCAUCACCUUUGCCGAACUGAAGCGCAACACGCUCUACUUCUCCACUGACGUUUAAAACCCCCCACCCACCUUCCUCAGGGUGCCACCUGCAGGUGGAAGAGUGGAAGACUCCAUCCGGCCACUCGGUCCUCUCCUCCCAGAAGGCAGCUCAUCUCUACUGUACAGCCCCCUCCCCUUCCAUGCACACACACACACACACACAUAAACAUCUCCUUUUCACGCCUCCAAACCAACUGCUCCCCCCCCCCUGCCCUGAAGAGAUGGAGCCGAACCUGAACGGAGGUGGUGAAGGAGAUUUCCUAGUCGUCUAGUAGUCAUGCGUCAUGUCCUGUUUGUGAUGUGAGGAGAGCAGAGCCACCCCACGCCUCCCACCGAAGACAACAAGGCAUUCUGGGAGCACAGUGGGGAAAGGAUGAGGGGGGGUCCAGAUGCCAUGCCAUGGUGGUGUGUGCUGUGGUGUCACCUAAUGAGCCCUUUCCAGACUAUCAGUAGUUUUAUGUUCUCAGAAACCAGUCGACUCAACCUCCAGCUGUUUUCCUUUUCUCCCUGAUCAGAGGCAUUCCAGAAAAUACACGUUUUAUAUUUCUGUUCAACAGCUGUUUUCGUUUCCUUUUUCUGUCUUUGUGCAUGUGGUGGAGGACACUCGGGGACGUGUGAGUGACAAUGUGGAGGUAUUUGAGUGACUGAGUGUGUUUAAGGGACUAUAGAAGAACUUGUGAGGUUUCAAAGAGGCUGGGAAGUCAUCCUAAGAAAUGGCUGGCGACGUGUCUCUCUCUGUACUGACAGACAGGAGAGAACGACCCUCCCCAGUGAGUCUUGGCUGGAAUUAGCCCUAUUUAUUUUAAAUAUAUAUAAUAUGUGUGCCUGUACAGUUCUGUGCAACUAGAGAAAUGCUCUAAGGAGUCUGUUUUUUGAAGUUUAUUCAGGUAGUGAUGUUAUUUUUAGUCCCAUUCCCUCACUCACCAUGUCCAUGGUUGGUAAGCUGUGCAGAAAAGAUCACCAGAACGUCUGCCGAUUAAUUUCAGAUCACUCAGUAGAGAGAGACAAGCCCCUCCGUCGUAUGAGGGUUGUCGGGGAAAAGAAAAAAAAACACAAAGAACGGACUUUUUUUUCUUGUUGUUGCAUUGCAAGCCUGUUCCAAGUGUCUUACUGCACUGGUAUAAUCUAUAGGAUGAUUUGUGUAGUUGCCCUCAUUGCAUGUUCAGCUUGUCAAUCAAACCAGGCCAGGUAACACCAAGGUUGGGUCGUCUCUGCAGGGCCCAUGCUACGACCGGCCAAGUCCAUCUCUGCUCUGUAAAAAGCAAAUCUUUCUGCUAUCAAGCCUGCGACAUAUCUUCAAAUACUGUAAGCACUGCUAGAUGAGUACUAUUUGAUAUUUUUAAUAUAAGAUUAAAAUGGAAUAAAAAAUGUUGUAUUUUACUUCUUUUGAGAAGAAUUUCAAUAUACUGUAAUAUUGAGGCUAAAUGUCAAUGUGAACUUUUCCCCCCUUUUUUAGUAAAAUAAAAGCUCCCAAAACAC